AUGAUUCACUUCAAUUUCUUCAGGCGUAAUUUGAAAAAAAUCAUCUAUUUAUUGCAGCUAUUGGAAAUUUCUUCUGGUACUGGACAACAUAUUGUUGAAUUUGCCACGAAAUUUCCUUAUGUUACAUUCCAACCAUCUGAAGUGGACGCUAGAUCUCUUCAUAGUAUCGUCGCUUAUAUUGAUCAUUACAGGCUCGCAAACGUUCGAGUCCCUCUGUACAUCGACGUCUCCAAACCGGUGAGCCAUUGGGCUCUUCCGACUGACUAUGGCCCCUCAGCAGUAGACGUUAUUCUUAAUAUAAACAUGAUUCAUAUAAGCAGUGAUGCUGCUGUAGAAGGACUUUUCAGGGCAAGUAAGCAAUUUUUCAUCUCAACUAGUAGUCAACAAUCUCGUUCUCCUUUUCAGGCAUCUGGUACUCUAUUAAAACGUGGUUCUGGACUUCUUAUCACAUAUGGACCAUACGCAAUCGAUGGAGUUAUUACACCUCAAUCAAACGUAGCUUUCCACGACAGCCUACGUAAUGAAAACCCUGAAUGGGGUCUGAGAGACAUCCGAGAUUUAAACGAGUUAGCCAUACGCUAUGGUAUGCGAUUGGUGGCACGACACGACAUGCCUGCGAAUAAUCAUACGUUGAUAUUCAGCAGAGAUUAG